AUGUUGCUUCCUUCUCUUCUCCUUGCCUACUCGUCCCCUAUCCACAUCACCACUGGUCUCGCUGCCCUUCUCCCGACGGUGUUGGCAGCGACGCCGAUCCGCCACCACGCGCACGCCCACACGCACGCAGAGAUACUCACCUACACGCAUGCCAUGGCCACGAGUGCUGAAGACGGCCACGUUGCCUACGAGGCACUCACGAACGCACAAAAGGCGGAGCUUGCCGCUUGGGUGCGAAACCAGCUGGAUAGCACGAGCAGCGCCUCAGAGUGGCGUCGGCAGACGCAGGCGAUGAUCCGCCAGGCAAUGGCGCGCAGAGCCGCGUCCGGUGCACCACUCGACGCCGGCGACAUUCUUGAUGAGAUCAUGCCACACGUACGCUCUGCUAUCCCGCCAGAGGUACGCGAAGGUCUCUUCCGCCGCGUGACUGCGCAGCUGCACUCGUAA